AGCUGGAGCAGGACUAGGGCUGGAACUAGGAGGCUGAGCGGUCAUGUGGGCUGCAGCGUGAGCCCCGUCCCGGGCCAGAGCUGUGGCCGGGCGUCCCGCGGGCUCCUUGGGCCCGGAGGGAGCGAUUCCCUCGGGGAUGCCCCAGAGGCACCGGUUAGGGGUUGAGUUGAUCGCUCGGUGAGGCGGGGGCGGCACUCCGGACCUACGGCGUCUGCACCUCCCGACGGUAGCCCAAGCCAAGGAGAGAUUGUCAGGAACCGCUACUGCCCCCAGCAGUCAUGGCCUACACAAUGAGCGCCAGCUCCCCUGCAGGGCCCAUUGGGUCCCAGUAUUGUGUAUGCAAGGUGGAACUCUCUGUCUGUGGCCAAAACCUGUUGGACCGAGAUGUCACCUCCAAGUCUGACCCCUUCUGUGUUUUAUUCACUGAGAACAAUGGCAAAUGGUAUGAGUUUGACAGGACAGAAACUGCUAUCAACAAUUUGAACCCAGCAUUUUCCAAGAAGUUCAUCAUUGACUAUCACUUUGAGGAAGUACAGAAGCUCAAGUUUGCCCUAUUUGACCAGGACAAGUCGAGUCUGCAGCUGGAUGAGCAUGACUUCCUGGGCCAGUUCUCCUGCACUUUGGGCAUGAUUGUCUCCAGCAAGAAAAUCACCCGGCCCCUGGUCUUGGUGAAUGAGAAGCCAGCAGGGAAGGGCCUGAUCACGAUCACUGCCCAGGAACUAUCAGACAACCGAGUCAUCACGCUGAGCAUGGCAGGCAGGAAACUGGACAAGAAGGACCUCUUUGGCAAAUCAGAUCCAUUUCUAGAAUUUUAUAAACCAGAAGAUAAUGGCAAAUGGAUGCUUGUUCACCGGACAGAGGUGAUAAAGUACACUCUGGAUCCUGUGUGGAAACCAUUUACUGUGCCUUUGGUAUCGCUUUGUGAUGGAGACCUGGAGAAGCCGAUUCAGGUCAUGUGCUAUGACUAUGACAAUGAUGGUGGCCACGACUUCAUCGGUGAAUUCCAGACCUCAGUGGUGAAGAUGUGUGAGGCCCGAGAUGGUGCUCCGCUAGAGCUAGAAUGUAUCAACCCUAAAAAACAAAAGAAGAAGAAGAAUUAUAAGAACUCAGGCAUCAUCAUUAUCCGCUCUUGUAAGAUAACCCGGGAUUAUUCUUUCCUAGACUAUAUCCUUGGAGGAUGCCAGCUUAUGUUUACUGUCGGGAUAGACUUCACAGCCUCCAAUGGGAAUCCCCGAGAUCCCUCUUCUUUGCACUACAUCAACCCCAUGGGCACCAAUGAGUAUCUGUCAGCCAUCUGGGCUGUCGGACAGAUCAUUCAGGAUUAUGACUCGGACAAAAUGUUCCCGGCUUUGGGAUUUGGCGCCCAGCUACCCCCAGACUGGAAGGUUUCUCAUGAGUUCGCUAUCAACUUCAACCCCACCAACCCCUUCUGUUCAGGUGUGGAUGGCAUUGCUCAGGGCGUAUCAGCUUGCCUACCCCACAUCCGCUUCUAUGGACCUACCAACUUCUCUCCCAUUGUCAACCACGUAGCUCGUUUUGCCGCCCAUGCUACGGAGCAACAGACAGCCACACAAUAUUUCAUCCUCCUCAUCAUCACUGACGGUGUUAUCAGCGAUAUGGAUGAGACCCGUCAUGCAGUGGUACAGGCUUCAAAGCUGCCCAUGUCCAUCAUUAUUGUGGGUGUGGGCAAUGCUGAUUUUGCUGCCAUGGAGUUCCUGGAUGGUGAUACUCGUGCUCUGCGUUCCCACACUGGCGAGGAGGCAGCUCGAGACAUUGUGCAGUUUGUGCCCUUCCGAGAAUUCCGCAAUGCACCUAAAGAAACCCUUGCUAAAGCUGUGCUGGCAGAACUGCCCCAGCAAGUCGUGCAGUAUUUCAAACAUAAAAACCUGCCACCUAGCAACUUCGAACCUGCAUAACUCCUGCAGCCUCCUUUCCUCUCCAACCAGCAUCAGCAUGUCAGCCAAACCUCGUUGCAGUCCCCAAGGAAAGUGCACGUUCACCAGGCUUCUUCACUGGUGGUUUUUGUUUUUGUUUUUGAAACAAAUUGGCUUUUUCAUUUUUUUACAACUGGACAUUCUCCCUGCUCUCUCCCAAACACAGCUGGGUUUCUUUUGUCACAUUUGCCAACCCCGAUGAUACUACCAUGCCACACAGGGCCACUCAUUUCUCCUCCCUACCAUCAUUUUCAAGUAUUGAAUGUACUUUGUAUAAUUUUAGUGGGAUAAUUAUAAAAGAGAAUAAAUUUUUACAAUCAGAACUGGCAUUUUUCCAAGCAACUAGCUAUAUAGGAUUAAAAAAAAAGUAUCCGUUAUGUAUUUGUGUUAAGCCUAUACCUCUCAUGCUCUGUUCAUUUUUAUACUGUGUACAUGUCCUAUUUGUUAUACUCAGGUUAAUAAAGAAACUCAGACAUUCCCA